CAGCUGCUUUGUGAUAUUGGCCACAAUGAAGAAAAACUGGGUUUUAACUAUGAGGAUAUCAUAAUUUGCUUGCGGUUAGCUUUAUUGAAUGAAGCAAAAGAAGUGCGGGCGGCAGGGCUACGAGCUCUUCGGUAUCUCAUUCAAGACUCCAGUAUUCUGCAGAAGGUGCUAAAAUUGAAAGUGGACUAUUUAAUAGCUAGGUGCAUUGACAUACAGCAGAGCAACGAGGUAGAGAGGACACAAGCACUUCGAUUAGUCAGAAAGAUGAUUACUGUGAAUGCUUCCUUGUUUCCUAGCUCUGUGGCCAACUCAUUAAUAGCAGUUGGAAAUGAUGGACUCCAAGAAAGAGAUAGAAUGGUUCGAGCAUGCAUUGCCAUUAUCUGUGAACUAGCACUUCAGAAUCCAGAGGUGGUGGCCCUUCGAGGUGGACUAAACACCAUCUUGAAAAAUGUGAUCGAUUGCCAAUUAAGUCGAAUAAAUGAGGCUCUCAUUACUACAAUUUUACACCUCCUUAAUCAUCCAAAGACCCGGCAGUAUGUACGAGCUGAUGUAGAAUUAGAGCGAAUUUUAGCACCCUAUACUGAUUUUCACUACAGACAUAGUCCAGAUACAGCUGAAGGACAGCUUAAAGAAGACAGAGAAGCAAGGUUUCUAGCAAGUAAAAUGGGAAUCAUAGCAACAUUCCGGUCAUGGGCAGGUAUUAUUAAUUUAUGUAAGCCUGGAAACUCUGGGAUUCAGUCUCUAAUUGGAGUCCUUUGCAUUCCAAAUAUGGAAAUAAGGCGAGGUCUCCUUGAAGUGCUUUAUGAUAUAUUUCGUCUUCCUCUACCUGUUGUGACUGAAGAGUUCAUAGAAGCACUGCUCAGUGUAGAUCCAGGUAGAUUCCAAGACAGUUGGAGGCUUUCAGAUGGUUUUGUAGCAGCUGAGGCAAAAACUAUUCUUCCUCAUCGUGCCAGAUCCAGGCCAGACCUCAUGGAUAAUUAUUUGGCACUGAUACUCUCAGCAUUUAUUCGUAAUGGGCUUUUAGAGGGUUUGGUUGAGGUGAUAACAAACAGCGAUGACCAUAUCUCAGUUAGAGCUACCAUCCUAUUAGGAGAGCUUUUACAUAUGGCAAACACAAUUCUUCCUCAUUCACAUAGCCAUCAUUUGCACUGCCUGCCAACCCUAAUGAAUAUGGCUGCAUCCUUUGAUAUCCCUAAGGAAAAGAGACUGCGAGCCAGUGCAGCCUUGAACUGUUUAAAACGCUUCCAUGAAAUGAAGAAACGAGGACCUAAGCCUUAUAGCCUUCAUUUAGAUCACAUUAUUCAGAAAGCAAUUGCAACACACCAGAAACGGGAUCAGUAUCUCCGAGUUCAGAAAGAUAUAUUUGUUCUUAAGGAUACAGAGGAAGCUCUUUUAAUGAACCUUAGAGACAGCCAAGUCCUUCAACAUAAAGAGAAUCUUGAAUGGAAUUGGAAUCUUAUAGGGACCAUUCUUAAGUGGCCAAAUGUAAAUCUAAGAAACUAUAAAGAUGAACAGUUGCACAGGUUUGUACGAAGGCUACUUUAUUUUUACAAGCCCAGCAGUAAAUUAUAUGCCAAUCUGGAUCUGGAUUUUGCCAAGUCCAAGCAGCUCACAGUUGUGGGCUGCCAGUUUACAGAAUUUCUUCUUGAGUCUGAAGAGGAUGGGCAAGGAUACUUAGAAGAUCUAGUAAAGGAUAUUGUUCAGUGGCUCAAUGCCUCGUCUGGCAUGAAACCUGAAAGAAGUCUUCAAAAUAAUGGUUUAUUGACUACUCUUAGUCAACACUACUUUUUAUUUAUUGGAACACUUUCUUGCCACCCUCAUGGAGUCAAAAUGCUGGAAAAAUGCAGUGUAUUUCAAUGUUUACUUAACCUUUGCUCCUUGAAAAACCAAGAUCACUUGCUGAAACUGACUGUUUCAAGCUUGGACUAUAGCAGAGAUGGAUUGGCUAGGGUCAUACUUUCCAAAAUCUUAACAGCAGCCACUGAUGCCUGCAGGCUGUAUGCAACAAAACAUUUAAGAGUAUUAUUGAGAGCUAAUGUUGAAUUCUUCAAUAAUUGGGGAAUUGAAUUACUAGUGACCCAGCUGCAUGAUAAAAACAAAACGAUUUCUUCCGAAGCUCUUGAUAUUCUCGAUGAAGCAUGUGAAGACAAGGCCAAUCUCCAUGCUCUUAUUCAGAUGAAGCCAGCUUUAUCUCACCUUGGGGACAAGGGUUUGCUUCUCCUCCUGAGAUUUCUCUCCAUUCCAAAAGGGUUUUCCUAUUUGAAUGAAAGGGGUUAUGUAGCAAAACAGUUGGAAAAGUGGCACAAGGAAUAUAAUUCAAAAUAUGUUGACUUGAUUGAAGAACAACUUAAUGAAGCACUUACUACUUACCGAAAGCCAAUUGAUGGUGACAACUAUGUUCGUCGGAGUAACCAAAGAUUACAGCGUCCUCAUGUCUACCUACCUGUACACCUUUACGGACAACUGGUACACCACAAAACAGGCUGUCAUUUGUUGGAAGUACAGAAUAUUAUUACAGAACUCUGUCACAGUGUCCGUACACCAGAUUUGGAUAAAUGGGAAGAAAUUAAAAAACUGAAAGCAUCUCUAUGGGCCUUGGGAAAUAUUGGCUCAUCAAAUUGGGGUCUCAAUUUGCUACAGGAAGAAAAUGUGAUUCCAGAUAUACUAAAACUUGCAAAACAGUGUGAAGUUCUUUCUGUCAGAGGGACCUGUGUAUAUGUGCUUGGGCUCAUAGCCAAAACCAAACAAGGCUGUGAUAUUCUAAAAUGUCACAACUGGGAUGCUGUAAGGCACAGUCGCAAACAUCUGUGGCCAGUGGUUCCAGAUGAUGUAGAACAACUCUGUAAUGAACUCUCAUCUGUUCCAAGCACCCUGAGUUUGAACUCAGAGUCAACCAGCUCUAGACAUAAUAGUGAAAGUGAAUCUGCGCCAUCAAGUAUGUUCAUAAUGGAGGAUGAACGGUUUGGCAGCAGCUCUACUAGUACAUUUUUCCUUGAUAUCAAUGAAGAUGCAGAGCCAGCAUUUUAUGAUCGAUCUGGACCUAUGAAGGAUAAAAAUUCAUUCCCUUUCUUUGCUUCUAGUAAACUUGUGAAGAAUCGUAUCUUAAAUUCGCUUACUUUGCCUAAUAAAAAACAUCGUAGUAGCAGUGAUCCAAAAGGAGGGAAACUGUCAUCUGAACAUAAGACAAGCAACAGGCGGAUCAGAACGCUUACAGAGCCCAGUGUUGACUUUAAUCAUAGUGAUGAUUUCACACCCAUAUCCACAGUACAGAAAACAUUACAAUUAGAAACUUCAUUUGUUGGGAAUAAGCACAUUGAAGACACUGGUAGUACUCCAAGUAUUGGAGAGAAUGACUUAAAAUUCACCAAGAGUCUUGGUACAGAGAAUCACAGAGAAAACACAAGCCGAGAGAGAUUAGUUGUAGAAAGUUCAGCGAGCUCACAUAUGAAGAUACGUAGCCAAAGUUUUAAUACAGACACUACAACAAGUGGCAUAAGUUCAAUGAGCUCAAGUCCUUCACGAGAGACAGUAGGUGUAGAUGCUACAACUGUGGACACUGACUGUGGAAGUAUGAGUACUGUGGUAAGUACUAAAACUGUUAAGACAAGCCACUAUUUGACGCCACAGUCUAACCAUCUCUCUCUCUCUAAAUCAAACUCAGUGUCCCUGGUGCCUCCAGGUUCUUCUCAUACACUUCCUAGAAGAGCACAGUCCCUUAAAGCACCCUCUAUUGCUACAAUUAAAAGUCUAGCAGACUGUAACUUUAGUUACACAAGUUCUAGAGAUGCCUUUGGCUACGCUACACUGAAAAGAUUACAGCAGCAAAGAAUGCAUCCAUCCUUAUCUCAUUCUGAAGCUUUGGCGUCUCCAGCAAAAGAUGUGCUGUUUACUGAUACCAUCACCAUGAAAGCCAACAGCUUUGAGUCCAGGUUAACACCAAGCAGGAUCGAUUUUAAAAAGAAGCAUGUCGGGGGAAUCAGGAGCUUAAGACCUACAAUAACAAACAACCUUUUCAGGUUCAUGAAAGCUUUAAGUUAUGCUUCGCUAGAUAAAGAAGAUUUAUUAAGUCCUAUUAACCAAAAUACCCUGCAGCGAUCCUCCUCAGUGAGGUCCAUGGUGUCCAGUGCAACAUAUGGUAGCUCCGAUGACUAUAUUGGUCUUGCUCUUCCAGUAGACAUCAAUGAUAUAUUCCAGGUAAAGGAUAUUCCCUAUUUUCAGGCAAAAAACAUACCUCCACAUGAUGAUCGAGGUGCAAGAGUGUUUGCCCCUGAUGCAGGAGGUCUUCCAUCUGGAACUGGAGGUCUUGUAAAAAACUCUUUUCACUUGCUACGACAGCAGAUGAGUCUUACAGAAAUAAUGAAUUCAAUCCAUUCAGAUGCUUCUCUGUUUUUAGAAAGCACAGAAGACACUGGACUACAGGAACAUACAGAUGAUAACUGCCUUUAUUGUGUCUGUAUUGAAAUUCUGGGUUUCCAGCCCAGUAACCAACUGAGUGCAAUAUGUAGUCAUUCAGACCUUCAAGACAUUCCAUAUUCUGAUUGGUGUGAGCAGACUAUCCAUAAUCCCUUAGAAGUAGUUCCCUCUAAAUUUUCGGGCAUUUCUGGAUGCAGUGAUGGAGUGUCUCAAGAAGGAUCAGCCAGCAGCACCAAAAGCACAGAAUUGCUACUAGGUGUUAAAACAAUUCCAGAUGAUACACCAAUGUGCCGUAUACUCCUUCGCAAAGAAGUUCUGAGAUUAGUCAUUAAUUUGAGUAGUUCAGUUUCAACUAAAUGUCAUGAAACUGGGCUUUUAACAAUUAAGGAGAAGUAUCCUCAAACAUUUGAUGACAUAUGCCUUUACUCUGAGGUUUCCCAUUUGCUGUCACACUGCACAUUUAGACUUCCAUGUCGGAGGUUCAUACAAGAAUUAUUUCAGGAUGUACAGUUUUUACAAAUGCAUGAAGAAGCAGAGGCUGUCUUGGCAACACCACCAAAGCAACCUAUAGUUGAUACAUCUGUUGAAUCCUGACCUCAUAUUUAUGAUGUAUAUAGAUGUAUACUAUAUAUAUUCAUAUUCAUGGACUUCUAAAAGCCUCAGAAAAUGCCGAUUGACUGGGCAGCAAAGAUAGGAGUAUCUCCUCUACGCUGUUCCAGCAAUUACUGGUACAUGAGCAGUUGGAACUGCGGACUUCCCUAACCGAAACAACUUCCUCUCUCCCCCAUUGAGCCCUUUUGGGGGUUCCUUGUUCAUUACCACAGUUUUAAGAGUUUUAGUUACCAUUGUAUGCAAGAGCCAAGCACUGAAUACCUACAUAGGUUUUCUAUUUUUUCAUUUUAAGAGCAUAGUAACAGUGGAACAAUAAUAAGAUAUGCAGAAGCACCCUUCACACCGUUAUUUCUGAAUUCUUUUUUUAGGGUAAAUAUAAAGAUGCCUUGUUUGUUAACUAAUUUGUGGAAACUAGGAAUCAGUGUCUCUGAGGGUGCAUCCUAUUAGCACAAUGGGGUGUGCUGUAACUGCUGGUAUUAGAGGGGGAUCUUUGGCCCUUCCACUCUUUUCUUCAUGUUUAUAACACUACUUCAGAGGUUUGUAACCUCACAGCGAAAGAAGAGCCUCAACAACCAGGACUUAUAAAUUAUUUUUACGUUUCUAGACUUACAUAAAGUUUCUUGUUUUCCAUCUCUUCAGUUUUGUUGCAAUGUGUUAUUGUAGGCUAUUUGAACUAAUUAAGGUUUUUCACUACAGUUCCUGAUUAAAAUCAGAAAAUUAUUUUAUAAUUCAAAGUAUUUUCCAUUCAUAGAAUGCAUAUAUUUUCAGUGGACUUCCAUUUUCAUCAGCUUCCCGUAUCACCAUUUUAAACCGUAACUUGAACAAGCACCAUUAAUUUAGACCUAAAGCAAAAGAAAGCAUUAAAUAAAAUCUUGCAUCUCUUGAGGAAAAGAUAAGUUUGCCUACAAUUUAUACAUUCCAUGGGAAAAGAAAAGCCAUAGUUCCUUUUAAAAGAUCAUUAAUGAAACUUAUUACGAUUAAAAAUUGUAGUGAAAAGCCUUAAGUACCAAAUUUUAAAGCAGCAGUAAUUUAAUUUUUAUAUCAGUGUUCUUGUUUUGCACAAACUAAAUGCAGUGAUAGGUGAGUUUAUGAGUAUAGUAAUUGCCUUUAUCACAUUUGCAAAAUUAAGUUGAUGAGGGCAAGGUUUUGUUUAUUUGUGUGUUUAAUUUGUGUAUGUCUAAAAAUAUUUGGAAAUCUUUACAGAAAUUAAACAUAUAUGCAAAUUUGUAUAUAAAAAAGCAUGGCCAUCCUCAUUAGAAUGCUUGUAAAUGAAAGGAUUAUCUUUUUUGAGGUCUGUAUAUAAAUAGAAAAAAAAACCUAGCUGGACUGAUUAGGACCCUUUUUAAAUUCAUUUGUUUAGACCAUUUUUACAGUUAUGCAUCAGCUCUGACACAGUCAUAGUACAUGGAUUAAUAUCUUCCCAUAUUACAGAUCCUUUUUAUAAUGGGCUUGUCCUUUGAGAUCUCUGUAAAGAACCCUGUGAACUAGAAAACGUAACUCACAGAGUUUUUUUUUUUUUUUAAUAUACUGGCACUGAAAGUUCCAAUUGGGAUGAAGCAUUUCAUCUCACUUCAUAACACCUCUUUGACUGCACUUCAGUGAAUUGUUCUUAUGUGCACUGUGUAGCAACUUACAUUAUAACAAAGCAGAUAAGGGCUGUAAGCUUCUGCUUAUGUUAAAAAGUGGUUCUUCAGAUUUUCUUUCAUAAAAUCCAAUUGAAGAUAAAAGAAAUGCUUUUUUUUUUUUUUUAACUUUAAUUUAUCACUGAACCCAAGUGUUUAUUUAAAUGUUAACAGUACUUCUAAGAACGUUGCCUGUCACCUUGGUCUUUGGUCUUGGAUGAUUAAACUGCCUUCCAGAGAACCAAAUGUCAGAGAUACUAGACCAAAUAGUGAUUAAAAACUCCAAAGGAGGUGAUGUAGUAAUCUUAUUAAUAAUGGGAUUAACAUAUUGUAGACAUUCAUUUUAAACACUACCUCAGUUAAUAUAAAAUCUGUGGUUUAAUCCCUCAAAAGUUAACAGUAAAUUCUUUUUUGUUACACACACACACACACACACACACAC